AUGCGGCAACCGCGGCGGUAUAAAGAAUUAUUAUCCAAUGCUAAAGCGGCAACCGCAGACGACAUGGCCAAGACUGCGAUCGUGGAGAAACUGAAACUGUCAAGAAAAUGGAAGGCUGGGAGCAAGAGAAGGAACAAGGAUGGGAGCGGCGCUUCCCAGGUGCCUCCUAAUCCUACUGCGAUUGAACAAGAUUUGGUUGAGACCACGACCGCUGACUUCCCAGGAGCGGACACAAGGUCGCAAAUAGUUGCCCCUUCUUCAUUGCCCAUUGAGUCUUCAAGUGACAACUCUUCUUUUGGCUAUUGCUCUUCCUCUGGUGGUGGGUCGCGAGGUGAGAGUGCUGCUGAGAAGAAUGCUCGUAGCGGAGUUCUUCCGAUUGCCGGAGACAAGACCUCAAUGUCCCAAGAUAAUGUUAGCGUUGAGAUGGGGUUGCGGUUAGAGAGGAUGGUUGGGAAUAGGAUGGUAUUCGUGUUUAUGCUUGAUCCCAAUGUAGAUGUAGAGGAGUCACUUUUUUACCACUGGAUCGUUUCCUGUAAUUUGAAUGCACACACUAAAGGAUUUUGUGCGAUCCAUGUGCAACGUGGAAUUCAAGGCGUUGAGGAUGAGCGGAUUGAAGAGUUGGAAGGUACAAUCCACGAUUUGAGGAAAUUGGUACCGUGUAGCAAGAAACAAAACAACCCAGCUGACAUUGAUGCUAUUCUCUCACGAUCGUAUCUUGAAGCUGUUUUAGGUGGAUUGAAGAAGGUGUAUGCCACUGUAGUUGUGCGAUGGCAAAGAGACUCGUAG